AUGCGGCUCCUGCCUCUUCUCCCCCGACGGGGCGGGCGGGCGCGGCGGCAGCGCUCCCGGGCUCCGUGUGUCUCCGCAGGCUGCUGGGGGGUGACGGGGCCCGGCGCCGUGCGGGGCUUAGUGGGGGGGUCCCUCUCGGUGACCUGCAAGUACCAACCCGGCGACGAGGAGAUGCCGAAGUUCUGGUGCUAUGAGGGAAGCUUUUUCACCUGCGGCGCUGACAUCGUUCUCACCUCGAAGCUGCACCCCAUGGUGCAGCGAGGCCGGGUCACCAUCAAGGACAAUCGCUCACAACGGGUGUUCACGGUGACCAUUAAAGACCUGGUUUUGGAGGACGCGGGCGCCUACCGCUGUGGGGUGCGAACGGCCAAACUCAAGUGGGAUAAGAGUGCUGAUGUGCAGGUGAUCGUGUCCCCAGCUCCUUCCUCCUCCCCAGCAUCACCCUAUGGCUCCACCACUGCACACCCUCAUCUCACCAGCUCCAUAUCAGUCUCCACACAGGCAAAUCCCCAGGGGCAAACUCUGCAACCAGGAUCAGAUCUCUCCCACCACAAAGGCUCCAGCCUUCCACACUUGGAUGUGGUUGAGCACAUCCUCACUCCAGGCAUCGUCGUGGUUCUUCUUUUGCUUGCAGCUGCUGUUGUUGUUCUGGUAAUACUGACUAGGAAGAGGAAGAAGGCCCCCUCCGGAACAGCUGUAGAGAUGGACAGGACGGGCAGCGUGUCCUAUACAGGAGCAGAUGCCUUGAACUAUGUGGACAUCAACCACAGCGCGAGCACAGUCGAGAGCCGGUUGUACGGCAACACCGCAGUACCGCGCUGCUCGGCAGGCACCGCGACGGAGUACAUGGAGGUCAAGCAGAGAGACAAGCAUUUGGAAGAGAAGAAAGAGCCCACAUAUGCCACCGUGUGCAAGUCCCUGCCAAAGCAGCAGGAGAUCUAUGCCAACGUGCCGUCAGCUCCACAGCCCAGAGGAGAGCCCCAGAGCACAGCGCAGAGGGAGUGAGCCAGCCCCUGGUCCAUGGGCUGCUCCUGCUGCCGGCAGCACCAGCGGCACUUCCAUGGGAUGCGUACGGAGGGCAGGGGACUGGCUUUCUGUUCAUGCGGGAGCAGCUGGACAGCGGAGCUGCUGCUCUUGUGGCUUGGAUGUUUCCUUGGAGCAGGCUCCAGGAGGCUGAGGACGAGCAGGAGGCACGGGGCGGGAUGAGGAUGGAAUCAUCCCUCUGCAUUUGGAGACCUCACCUGUACAGCAGUAAUGCUGGGAAUAAAUGGACUGACCAGGCAGUGUGGAAGAGCCCAGCAACAGGAGGCGAGGGUGGGCUCUGCCUGGCUCCCUGCAUCCAGCACCCAUCCUGCUUGCCCCUUUGGCUGUUACUCACAGGGACUGAGGCUCCUAAACCCAUUGGUCACCUCAGAUUGGCUUUUCUCAUGUUGACAGCAGGCAGAGCUGACAGCAGGAACCAGGAUAACAAGAUGUGCUAUAUCCAAACGUAUUUGUUAUAUCCAAAUACCAGGGGCUUGGGUAGGGUAGGGUCUCAGUGCAAAAGAUAUGGCAGAGGAGCUCCUGUUCCUCCUGCACAGUAGCUGGGCACUGUCUCCCCUGAUCCCUUGGUCCCACAUCCCCCAUUGAGGUUUGCUCCUGCUCUCUCUGCUCCACCAUUCCCAAGGAACUCUAGGCUGGGAGCACAUGAAUAAGCUGUACCCGUGACCCUGCUCUUCUCUGCUUUCCUGAUAACUUAUUUCAUGGCACCCACUCAAUACAUCUGUUUGUGAGGCUGA